GUGAAAGAAGAACAAUUAUAUGAAGCUGCAGAGGAUCCACUACAAAGUCAUAUCAAUCAAGGAACCUUUUUCACUUAGGUUUCCUGUCUUUAAUGGUUUGCAUCCAGAACUUGUCAUUUCUUGAUGGUCGUUUUUCAGUUGGACUUCUGGUUUUCAAGGCGUGGCUUUGAGGCAGCAAGGAAGGCCAACUUUUGAACAGCUUUGAUGAUACUGGAAAUAAACGCUACUCACGGUAAAAGACAAGGCCCCUCAAGAGUUAUCCAACGCGUGAAGUAACACAGAAAUGUCGUUAUUUACCAACACUACUACAAAUGGAACCAGUAUUACCGCCGAGAACGCAAUUGAACAAUAUGAAGAACCAAAAGCUCUGUACAUUUUCCGUUUAACCCUCUUCUCCGUGAUCAUCUCGGCCAGUUUAAUCGGCAACUCGAUGGUUUGUUAUGCUGUGUGUACCAUACCUUCCCGCAAGCCUCUGUCCUACCAUCUCGUCGCUAACAUGGCCUUCGCAGAAAUUCUAAGCAGUGUUUGUUUGGCCGUCAUGUUUGCGAGCUGGCAGAAUCCAACUGACGUCGGUCUUCAAGAGGCCGCAUGCAUUUUGAAUCCGUUGCAAGUAGUUGCUCUUCUCGUUGUGAUCUACUCACUGGCUGCCAUCGCUUUUUAUCGUUACAGAUUCAUUGUAAACCCUCUUCCACGCGGACCAUUCGUUAAGAAGAUUACAAUUCUGACCAUAUCUGGGCUGUGGCUGUUGUCAUUUGCAAUCGCCUGCCCCUUUUUCUUCGGUCUCAGAUUUAGAAAUGGUGAAUGCAUCGAGCUGCCUGUCGCAAACAAUGAGUACUAUGUAAUAAUUAGAUUCAUCCUGAAUUACGCUUUACCUUAUGUGAUAAUGCUGGCAUCUUACGGAGCCGUGGCGUGGAACCUGAAUAGGCGGAUUGGACAGAUAGAAAAGAGGACCCGAAACUCGACGGUCGCAUCAAUUGACCAAACUCAAGCUGAACUCGAAGUUAUGCAAGACAACGAGCAGCAAAGAUACGCUCCAUGUGAGGAGAACGAAACAAAAAAAGGAAUGGUUGAGCAAAAGAACCGAAGAGGUACUAAACACGAAACUACAGACUUGGAGAGAGAUUUACUGAAGAUGAUUUUUGUACUUAUUAUUACUUUUGUUGUUUGUUAUUUUCCGUAUCAAGCCCAUUAUGUGUGGGAAAGAGUUUGCAACAUCACUGCGUAUCAAUUUAAAUAUCAUCAACUCUUUAUUGAUUAUAAUUUUAUUUUGAUUUGCCUUCCCAGCGCCUUACAUCCUUUGUGUUAUGGAACAAUGAACAGUUUCUUUGCUAAGGCGUUCUCCAAAAUUAUUCUCUGCAAAUCCGUGCAAUCUUAAGUGAAAAUUGAAAUAGUAUAUUUGUAUAUUAAGUGCAUGUGUGGUCCUCAGAACCUGACCAGGUUAAGAAUCGCAGCUCAAGCUAGCUUAUCGCUUUUAAUAAUGGUAGUCAGCAUUAGCAAAACUCUAUUUAACCAAUCCGAAGAUCGAGGUGUGAAAAGUUUAUUCUUGUGUAUAUUUCGAUAAAGUUUUGAUAUUUUACUUGUGUAAAGAAAUGCCAUAACAGCACAGGAUUAUAUUUGAGUGAAGUAGCAUGGCUGGCGAGGAAACGCUCCAAACGUAAAUUAAUCUUUUUACACUAUGCAAAACAUGGAAUAAAGUAGA